AUGGGGAACUCACAUCCUGGGCUUUUUUGCUGGGGCGGCUCAAUCGCGUCCCAUGUUCUAUUAUCGCUGCCCCCUCCCCAGCUCUACAUGCUCGGACCCUGGAUCAAUUACUCGGCCGUACAUCUAUGUUUGACUUUCAUCUUCCAGUAUAUUCCUGUGCCCGAUCCAGCCCAGACCAAUCUUUUGUUGUUCCCGUUGGAUGGGCUACUCCGGGCCAAUAGCGUCCUCCAGACACUUUCCCUCCUUUCCCGACCGGGUGUUUCCCCACUACUUGUUCAAUCACCGCUGUUCCAUUUCAUACUGGGUAUGACUGCGUCGGCUGGCGGUGGUCUACUCGGCGGAACGCUUUCGCUGACUUCGGAAACCUGGACAUUCUCAACGCCUCCCCCUCUCCGAACAGGUGUAUUCGGAUUAUGGAGCACCCAUGACAUGUGGGCAGGAGGAAUCGUCGCUGUCAUCUAUGGAUCGUUGACGAGUCACCCCGCCUUUGCUAAUGUCUUGAGCGUGACGUUAUCGACCUCUUCUGCGAGAGCGUCGAGUGUGGCAGUGAUGAUAGCUUUCUUUGGCGCACGAGCUUUCGCCACCAGGCCCAAGAAGCUCGUCCAGCCACCAAAGGAGAAAGUCAAGACUCAAUAG